AACUUUCUAAGCUUUUAUAAAUGUUUUCUUGUAGACAGCCAUUGAUCUCCUGCUUAUUAGAUACCAAAUGUGUUUUUUUCUAUCCUCAAGUAGAAAAGAAAAAGACAGGCCGGUGUACUUGUGGGCCUGUGUCUCGUUGGUUUGAAUGGGCGACAUGUUCGGUCCGAUGGAGCCCAAAUAUGGAAGAAGAUACACACCAAACUCGAAGCUUCUUUCUCAAACUUUGUCGCCGAAGACGAGAGAAUCUUUAAUUCUCAUACCCAGAAACCAGAUUCACACCCAAUCCCCCUUCUUCGAAAGAAGACAAGCCAUGUCGGAUUCUUUAGUGACGGCGAUAUACAGUUGGUUCACACCGACAGUACUAUUCAUCUUCCUCAACUUAAUAAUUGGCACCAUUGCAAUUUCCUCUUCUCUAUCUUCCAAAUCCAACGAUCCAAACCAAACUCAGAUCCAACGCUCUCCUUCCGUGAUUCACCGUCUCAAGUCCAUUAACUUCUCCUCUUUCACUUCCCCACCAGACAAAGCUCAUCUCCAGUUUCCUCCUGUCGCAACAACUCCAGACAACGAACCAGCUUCCAUCGAACAGAACCAGCCUUUUCUUUCUAGAUCUCCUUCUGUUCUCCACCGAAUCAAAUCUUUCAAUCUCUACAAUUAUAUUUCUCAAGAACCCAUCACCGUCGCUGAAUCACCGCCGCCGCCGUCUGUCCCCGCCGUCGAGGAAGAGGAAGACACAAGUCCGAGCCUUGAAGAGGUUUACAGUAAGCUGAAUCUGAACCAUGUGGCUCGGACAAAGUCUGAUACCGAGCCAGCUGCUGGAGUUAUCCCACCGAAGCUUCCCAAGAAGAUGAAGAAAUCAGCGAGUACCAAGUCUCCUUUCUCUCAUUUCGAGGAGCCGGAAGAAGCCGUCGAGGCUCGUCGGCCGGAGACGGUUAGAGUCACGAGAGUGACUCCGGUGGAAGAAGCUGAUGAGCAAGUAGACGCCAAAGCUGAUGACUUCAUCAAUCGUUUCAAGCAUCAGUUGAAGUUGCAAAGGAUUGAUUCCAUCACCAAGUACAAGGAGAUGGUCAAGAAAAGAAACGACAAGUGAAAUAAAAAUUCUGGGGUCUGUUUCUUAAUUAUGUAUUAAUUUUGAGGACUGUUUUUAUAAUUACCUGGUUGUAUUCUCAAUUUGAUGUAAUGUUUUUUUUCAGUGUGCUUAUCCAAUUUGUGAACUGUGACUGUUUUUCUCUUC